AUGUCAUAUGAAAUAAAACCCACAUUGUACGCUUUCAUUUCUAUCGGCUGCUAUUAUUCUCUUUCAAAUGAAAACCCAUUUCUCUUAAAGAUAAAAAUGCUCAUUGUAUCAUUCAACCUGUACAAGUUGUGCCAAUUAAUUAAGUCUAUUGUUCAAAUGAAGGGUGAUUUUAUCUUUCGAAGAAAGAAAAGACAAUGCGAAUAUCUAUCACAUGCAGAAUGCUAG